CUAUCCACUACGGCGUAAGCCGACCAUGUCUUCUGGUCUCCGCAACAGCCCAACCCCGAAACACCUAUUGUAUCUUACCAGAAGAGAACACGCUUUUCCCAGGUAGCAAACUCCGGAUUUAUAAAAAGAUUUUCUUAAGAAUCUUCCAAUGGGGGCAAGCCGGCUUGGCCAGUCUUCCUUUGACGAAGAUGGGUAGUUCUGAAUUCUAAUGGAUGGGAAGUUUCUCUCAGCUUUCCUUCUCUAUUUGGUCUUUGGUCAGUUGUUCGGUUAGCCUGCGUUGAAUUUCUUUUCUUCGCCGCUUUAUAUAUCGAACUUCAACUCCUCUCUCUUCGCUUCUGUUCCUUUUGUUUACCAAUGGCUUCAAUUUACAGUUGCGUGGAGUGCGGAGCCAAUUUGAAUCUAAGAACCAGCCAGCUCUAUCCUCCAGAUUUCUAUUUCGAGGCAGGGAACAAAGGGACUCUCUCUUUUGCUGCAAUUGAUGAAUCCAAAUUCAGAUUUAAGAAAGAAGACAAAUUCAUCCCUUUCUUUGAGACUCUGAAUUACUGGGGAAUUCAAAGGAAGAGAACCAAGAUCAAAUGCAACAGCUGUGGUCAUCUUGUUGGGUAUAUUUACGAUGAUGGUCCUCCUCUCACUGACAGUCCUGGCCAGUUUCAUAUGGGUCCAAGUCAGGUUAUUCCUAGGGCACCAAGGUACAGGCUUAAGAUCAAAGCUCUCAAGAUUACUACAGAAACCUAGAUUUCCAUACUGGGUUUUAUAGGUUUGACCGUUUGAGUAUAUGGGCUUUAUUGCAAUUCAGUUGUUCUUUUACUUUUCUUUAUCCUUCUUGAUGUAGAUAUUGGUAUAAAAUACAAAGUUUCCUGUAUCCCUUAUUCAAAUGCGAUUAAUUUCAAUUUUUUAGAUCUUGAUUUUGA